UGCACCGUUUUUCUCCGAUUGGAACAAUCGCCGUGUGUCGGGCGUUCGUGUCCCUGUUUCUCUACGACCUUCAACUGACCUUGACUGACCUUCAACUGACCUUGACUGACCUUCAACUGACCUUGCCUGUGGCAAGUGUCUGCGGUACUCGCGGCGAAACGCUGUAGCGAGAGGCUCAACUUGAACCCUUGGAAGACAACCCCGUCGCACAGUUCAGGAGACGGUUUACCCGUCUCCUGACGUCACAAAACCGGCGGCGUUGGUGCAUAUUUAACCACUACGUGAUCCGCAAUUAACACUGUCUUCAGUGUGGGCGUGACCUUGAGGGCGUGACCUUGAGACAUGUGGGCGUGACCUUCAGGCCAUCCCAAGAAAACGAACAUUGUGUCAACAGAACUCGCUUGAAAACACUUCAAAGUGAACGCGCUAUCACAAGUGCGCGUGUCCCAAGGUUGUGAACAAAGAUAAGAUAAGACAGCGAGUGACGUAACCACUUACCCAGUGUUGUUACUUGAGGACUACACUCGCAUCGCUACGUUCUUCAUCGUACCUGUCUCUAAUUUUUUUAUUUCUCGUAAGACAUACUGCUCACUUUGUGGGGAAUUCAGCGUUGAAGAAUCGAAAAAAAAAAACCCGGGUUGAUCACUUUAGGCGUGCUCUUGCACAUACGUGCUUGGAGAUCAAGGAGUGAUAAUCAUCGAAACAGACUCCCUUUUUUAUAAAGCUUAAUCAGUAUUCCAAAUUUAUCUUAUCGAAACAGAACGAAGCAACACUGUUAGCACAAUUUCAGAAAAAAAAAUUCUGUAUUCUAACUCCUCAACUGAUCGCAAGAACGCCAACUGAGAUUCGCAAGUUCUCGGGGAAGAUUGGUUACGCUAAACUGCGGACACUUCACAACUAAGAACGGCUUUCGAUUAAGCAAGGUAGUUCAGUUAUAGCUCUGAGUUUGAGCCUGGGAUCGAAGCACGUUUCGAGGUUGCUCUUCGACCUGUCGUCUUCUUUAAAAUCAGGUUCAUUAUAAACAGGAAGGUCGAAUCACAUCGCCAAGUUGUGAGCACAUCUACUUCGGAAGGCGUUUCGACUUCGCCCACCGGUCGAGACUAAAGACGGAACUGCGGUUUUUCGACGCUCAAGCCUACCGGAACUGUCGAAUCGAUUCGAAGGAUUCCUCUUCGAUGCGUUGGACGCUAUCGCACUGUGCACAGUGACAUCGCUACUGUCGAUCUCUCCUUCCUACCUUACGCACCUCCUUUUUGGACAAUCCGACGCGCCACGGAGCUUUUACCUACACCUUCCGAACUACUACUACUACCCCGUAGUGUCGUGUCGAGUCAGUGGUGUCGCUUGCCAGCGCAUCGUCGCCGCCGGCGGCAUGAUUCCCUACUCGACAUGCAUGCGAUUCGCGUCCCGGACCGUCGCCGACGCAACGCUACGCAGUGGACCGUCUGCAGGAGCCAAAUCGGGCAACCGGGUUCCACGGUGGUUCUCGAGACCGACGCCGACGGCGUGGUCCACGUGAAAGUUGUCGAAUGCAGCGAGGAGGACGCGACGCAAGCCGCCCUGAAACGGCCGGCGACACUGAGCCAGUCGGAGUACAACCUCCUGCAAGCGCUGGACAUUGGCAUUGACCGCCCCCUGACCACGACGCCAUUUCUGACGCUGUACCGGAGACGCGAACGACAGCCUGUCCUUCAGCCGUGGAGUCACUUGAUGAAUGUUCUGGAUGACUCCUACCACGGUGUAUCCGAGCGUCUUCUGGCGCGCGUGGACCAGUGGGCGUUCAACACCUUUGCCCUGGACGCGUGUUCGGGUGGCCGCUCCAUGCCACUCCUGUGUGUGCACCUGUUCCACGAGUACGGCUUCCUCAGCACCUUCAACCUAGACGCCGUGCGCGUCUGGCACUGCUUCAGCCUGAUUGACGCCGGUUACCAUAGCAACAACCCGUAUCACAACUCCGUGCACGCAGCUGACGUCACCCAAGCCAUGCACUGUUUCCUCUUAGAAGACAAGAUCCGCGAGCACAUGACCCCCGUGGAGGCGAUGGCAUCGCUUAUCGCGGCCGUCACUCACGAUCUGGACCACCCCGGGGUCAACCAGCCGUUCCUUAUCGCUACCUCCAACCACCUGGCUGCACUAUACAAUAAUUUCUCGGUGCUAGAGAACCAUCAUUGGCGUUCUGCCGUGUCCUGCCUGCGUCAGUCUGGGAUUUUCGAUCACCUGGCCACUUCUGUAUGGGAUGAAAUUGAAGAACAAAUUCGAAGCCUCAUCCUGGCAACGGACAUCACUCGGCAGCAGGAGUUCCUGUCCAGGUUCAAGCGAUACUUGGAGAACAACGUGCUCGACAUGGCAGACAAGGAAUACCGUCACUUCAUUCUCCAGAUUGCUCUGAAGUGCGCCGACUUGGGAAACCCCUGCCGUCCCUGGGAUAUCAGCCACCGGUGGAGCCUGCAAGUCUGCAAAGAGUUCUACAGGCAAGGUGACUUUGAGAAACGGCUGAACAUCCCAGUCACUCCAAUCUGUGAUAGAGAGAGGACUACGGUAGCCAAGAUACAAGCUGACUUCUACAAGUACGUGGUGAGCCCGCUGUUCGAGAUCUGGGACCAGUUCCUGGACACGCCUCUGUCGCGCGAGCUGCUGCGCAACCUGUGGCUGAACCACGUCCAGUGGGAGAAGAAGGUGGCCGCGGCCGACGACUCGGCCGCUUCGGCGUCCUUCGAGACGGACCUCAACGCUCCGCUUGCUUCGGAGGAGGACGAGGGCGACCUGCUAGACUUCGACGACGAAGACGACGAAGAGCUGCCGCCGCUUCUGCGGCGCCGCAGCGCCACGGUGGCCCGCUACUCCUGGAUGGAAGAGACGUUGGGGUCGAGCGCUUGGGGACGACGCCACAGCAUGCCGCUCAGCGUGCCCAAGCUGCCGUCGCGGACCGUCAUCCGGCGCCGAAGGCAGUCGCUGCCCCUCGCGGUGGCCAAGGGCGCCGACGCCGCGGCAGCGACGGGACGCCUGCAGCCGCCGGAGGAGAGGCCCUCGUCGCCGGCACUGUCGGCCGAGAACCUGCAGCCGACGACGAGUCUGCUGUCGCUGUCCAGCACCCACGAAGGGGCGCCCAUCAGCACGGUGCUCCAGAGGGUGUCCCGGGAGAGCGAGCGCCGCUUCCUCGUGCACCAGCCCAUCUCGUACCCGCCGUACCGACGGACCUCGGAGCCGUUCGUGUCGACCCCUUCGAAGCGGGCCUUCCCGCGACGCUCCGAGUCCGUGUUCGCCUUCUCCUCAUCAAUGGAGGUCGAACUUGGCGACGGCGAAGACAAGGAAGCCGGAAGUGGUGACGAGAGUAAGGAGAAGCAGACGACGGCGAAGACGAAAGAGCAGACGACGGCAGCAGGAGGACAGGACGGCGAGGACAAGACUACGGCUGAGGAAGACGGACAGGGAGAUCGGGAACCAACCGCUGCGGAAGAGGAGCAUGCUCAAGAGGAUGACACGUCGGACCGGGCGCGAGAAGGUGACUCUUCGGGCUCAAAGACUUGCGAGAACGGUUGCGGAACGCCCUCGCCGCCGCCGUCUGGAGUGACGUCGCCCGCAGGAAGUGACGUCAUGACGCGAGCGAACGCUGGUAGUGGUGACGGUCGUGGUGGUGGUUCGCGGUCUUCCACAGCCGUGGUUCGGGAACGCGGAGAGGGCGACUUGACGUCGGGGAGUUCGCGGGCGAAGCCGCCUGCUCAAACGAAGCGAGCUCGCCUGCAACGCACUCCGGCGCAACUCGCGAACAGGACGCGUGCACCGCCAUCGGUCGUACCCACCACGUCGUCACCCAAGGCGACGUUCACAAUCGAGCCGCCGCCGAGCGAGGGCACAUCUUUGGGCCGAAAGUGCAAGGGUAUGGAGGCGACCACGUCGCUGGACGAUAACGAGGACGUACCGAUGCCGUCGUGGUCGCAUCGCUUCAGCCUAACCAACGAGCGAGAAGCGCACCAGAUCGAGUUCGACCAUCCGCCCGAGGCCUCGUGGAGAAACUGCGCAAGGAACAACCGGAGGAGUUCGGCACCGACUUCACUGGGCCUCGAGCGACAGGUGUCCUUCCUGGACGACCCCGCCAGUGUGGCCGGAAGCGUUUCCGAGACCGGAAGUGCUCUUCCGGCUUGCGGCCUGGUCGGUGCACUGCGGCGCCGCUCUUCCAUGCCGUCCGAGCAGCAGCUCAUUCACGAUCUGAGUCGCUCGGAGCUGGUGCGGCUGGCCGCUGCGUCGGCUCCGGCCGCGGCGCUGGCUCGGCGGCCCGUGCAGCGCGAGCUCAUCCGGCGCCACAGCAUCGGAUUCCUGGAGCCCGUGGCGCCGUCGUCCGAGUCCGAGGACGGCGGCGGGUCGUGCGCCACCUCCACGGCGUGCAGCACGCGCCGCGGAAGCUGCGCCCCCCCGCCACAGCAGCACCCGCGCAGGCACUCCAGCAUCAGCUCGAGGGACGAGGACGAGACACGCGACCUGUUUCUGCCUUUCGUCCCGGCGCCGGCAGCCGCGUCGCCCGGAUCGCUCAGACGACGUCGGGGGUCGCUGCCAGCUGACGUGCCCCUGCCGCUCAUGGUGUGCACUGCGGAGAAGCCGCAGCAGCAAGGCAGUCGAAGGGUGGUCUCGAGAACCGGAGGUGCCAGCGAUGCGUUGGACACCACGAGGAGGCGUGGUUCGACAGGCGAGAUACUGAGCGCCCUCAUCGGUCCCUACGGCGCACUGCACGCAUUGCAGAACCUUCCUCGGCGUGGCUCGGGCGGUGGUCUGGAACUGCUGAGUGGCCUGUGGCGUUCGCGCACCUUGCUUGGCUCGGACUGGUCGCCCAGCGGCGCGCCGCCUCAGCCGGUGUCGGUGGCCGGUCGCUUCAAGCUUCAGCGGCAGGCCUGCUCCCUCGAGUCGACCAGCGUCCAGUCGACGUGCUCGUCGGCCGCUGGCAGCGUGUUCAGCAGCCAACGCAGGGGCUCCUUCCCGCAGGAGUUCUCCCUCUUCUCUUUUAGUUCGGGAGAGCUCUACUGCUGCGACGAUGGUGGCGGGGGUGACUAAGGCCACGCCGCACCAAUCCUUGCAGGAGGAAGGAAAGAACAGCCAAGCUAAUUCAUGUGGCAAAAACAACCUUCAUGCCCGCACCUUUUACAAACGAGUCAUCCGCAUCACGUAGGAACACGAAACAAAAAAAAACAAUAUACAUAUAUAUACAUAUAUACACAUGAGCAGCAACACACUGCCGAACAAUGAAAAAAACACAUCCGAAAGAGCGCCACAUCCCUGGCGUGCUGUCACGUGGCAGUACAAAAACUAUGCAAGCGCGGGAACAACGCGCGUCGCCGCCACUGCCGCCGCCAAGCCAAGCGACUAGCCAAGUCAAGCGACUAGCCAAGUCUUCUUCGAAGACGCGUUCUUGCCACGAGAGGGAUUUCACUGCAACCAAUCAACCAAGCCCAGUUAAUCGUUCUACUACUACUAGUGUGUGAUGCUCGGAUCGUCGUCAGUGGCAAGCUCGGAACAGUGCGCGGAGUAGCUGCCGCAGUGGACUCGCGACCCGUUCGCGACAUCCGGAGUCGCCGCAUGCCACGGUCCGACCUCGACUGUGUGUCCUAACCCGUGACGCCGACUACUAACCGUCGGGCGUGCAGUGGUCUGUGUUCUAAUUUUCAUCGUGUUUUGUUUGUGACGCCAUAUCAGACAAGAGACUGGAUUUCGACUGUCGUAACGUCCCGAUCGUUUGUGUUUUUUAACUUCCUUUCGUCUUUCGAGAUAGUUCACAUCCUCCUUACAGUAUGUGUUUUUCUUUCUGGAGUGUGCUUGCACGUCUUCCUUCCUCUUGUAUCCAGAGUGUGUGACCAGUUGUGACGUCCAGUUUUAACACGUGUAUUGGUGUGUUUGAAUAGUGACCUUCAGCACGUGGUGUCGUGUGACCUGAUUUAAAAGUUUUUUUUCUUUUUCAUUAAGAUCAACAGGGUGUGUCAAUGUGCUAGAUUUGGGGGGGAUCGUUACCUGCGCACUUUAUUUCAAAAUAUUUUGUUUUCCGCUUCUUAGAAUGAGACGGUUGUUGCGCUCCAGCCGAAAUGCUACGAUGCGGAUUUUUGCGCGGCAAGCGAUUCAGCGCGUCUGGCUUUGCCUGCUAGCUUUUCGUUUUACAAUGCACAUCGUAACUUUUUGAGCAUGGGGUCACGUAAUUCUAGGAACACAAGUAACAGUUGCACUUAUUUUACGCCAGAGGAAUAAGCACAUCCCACCUUAGUUAUUGAUCAGUGAUGUUUGUUUUUCAUUCUCAUAAUUCAUGAUUUGUGCAGAGACGAGUACCUGAGCUUCAGCCAUCAAAUUUAAAUCUUCAUACUUCUGCAUCGCGAUAAAAACCUUGUGAGACGAGGUGUUUAGUGGGCUGAUCAAAUCGAGUGCUUAAUCGCACUACGUAAAAGGAAAACACAGAAAAAAAAAACACAAGAGCAAAUUUGCAGGGUGUUAUGCUAAUGUCGUCUAUGAGUUUUUCUGUGUUACGGAGGAGCAAGCUACAAAUUCUAAAACAGUGCUCCGCAUUGAUGAUUUAGUACGAGGGGUAGUCUGUGGCUACAAUUUUUGGCAUGCUGAAUCUGUAAAAAACUUUCGCUGUAGUAUCGCCGAUCUAUCAUCGCCAACACAACUGGUACUAUGUUGCAUCUCUUCUGGAUUCAGAUACAUUGCAUCGAAUUUUCCCCGUUUGCUCAAAGUCUAACAUGCAUGAGUGUUGAAAAGCUCUGCAAAAUGGUCCUUGGUCCACUAUGUUUCACAAUACCAUUAUUCAAGCUCUUCUUAUUUCUUUUUGUGUGUGUUUAUGUGUUUUAAGUUUUGUUUCCCAUUUCGUGGUUUAAUUAUUACCUUUUUUGUUCUUUCACCACUGUUCUCAUAUUGUGUUCACUUCAGUUGGUGCAUUCUUACGUUAUGAUGUGUGUGUCUUUUUGAGUAUUCUGGGAUGCCCGAAGCAGCUCCUUUAUAGAAGGUAUGGGUUAACGGGUCACGAAAACUUUGUGCGCAAGUUUUCCUGCAGAAUCACCAAGUUUCUUUCGGACUUUUUAAGCUGCCGAUGACGUUGAUACGACUAUCGGUGUCGUUUCAGGUGAAGGAAAUCUGCUAACAUAAAGGUCACUUCUAGAAGAUGCACAUAUGCCCUCUUACUUCAGGUGAAAAGGCCAAUCACACAGAUCGUGUAUAAAGUGUACCACUACAUCACAUGCCCCAAUUUUGGCCAUUGGGCUCACAUGAACAACGCUUUCUCUAUUCAGGUGAAAAGACCAAUCGUGUAGUAUGGCCCAUUAGGCCAAUGACGCGUAAAGUGCCCUGCUAAAUGACAUGACCGAUUUCAGCUCUUUUCGCAUGAACAAUGUUUUCUGUAUUUAGGUGAAAAGGCCAAUAAUGUGUAAACUGGCCCAUUGCGCCAAUUUUGCAUAAAAUGGCCAAUGUGGCCAAUCAUGUGUAAAAUGUUAUGCUACAUCACAUGCUCCAUUUUUGACUCUUGCGCUCAGAUGAACAAGGCUUUCUCUAUAAGCUUACAGGCGGUCAUCUCUGCAUGAAAGAUGCAACGCGACCGCCCUGGAAAAGCGGGGUUGUAGGGACAGAGUGGCGGAUAUAGCAAAGAACUUCUGCAAACUAGAGUUGUCUUAGUGCCAUAGACACUGUAUCGAAAAAUGCAAGUUACUGGGAGCUUAUCUCUUGCUGGACCACUUGAGCAUGAAGCUUUCCUCAUGACCUGUCAAACGUUUUGAGAUUUCAUUAAAUACAAAAACCUACCUCUUUAGAGAA